CAGAGGCGGAUGAUCUGGUGGAGCAGUCGGUCCACAAACCUUCUAAGACAAACACCUCAACACCCUCCGGUCCUCGGCAGAGGUGAACCUGCUGAGCGGGAGAGAAGAGGAAGAAGAGGAAAAGGCAGAAGACGAAGAAGAAGAAGAAGAGGCGGGAAGAAGUUUCGCAGGUGGAGAAAGGCGCACAGUCGUAUGAUGUCCGUUGUGGGCGCGCAGCCUUUCAUCAAACCAAUGCAGUCGUCACCUUCCGUUUCGCCUGGCAUCCAGCGGAGACACACGCUCCCCGCCAGCGAAGUCCGGCCGCUCAACACCCAAGAUGCCAUAAGCGUGUUUGAAAUCGAGAGAGAGGCGUUUAUCUCGGUGUCAGGUGAGUGUCCCCUCCACCUGGACGAGGUGCGUCACUUCCUCACGCUGUGCCCAGAGCUGUCCAUGGGCUGGUUUGAGGAGGGCCGGCUGGUGGCUUUCAUCAUCGGCUCCCUGUGGGACCAGGACAGACUCACCACAGAUGCCCUAACUCUGCACAAGCCCUGCGGCUCCACCGUCCACAUCCACAUCCUGGCCGUCCAUCGCACCUUCAGGCAGCAGGGCAAAGGCCCCAUCCUGAUGUGGCGCUACCUGCAGUAUCUCCGCUGCUUGCCAAACGUGCGCCGGGCGGUGCUGAUGUGCGAGGACUUCCUCAUCCCCUUCUACCGCAAGUCGGGCUUCAAGGUGCUGGGGCGCUGCGACAUCACCGUGGCCAACCUGACCUUCACCGAGAUGUGGUACCCCAUCAGCGGCCACGCGUACAUGCGGCGCAACAGCGAAGCCAUCCGCUUCCCCCAGCACCCCUUGACUCUGCCCCUGACAAAGACUGAUGAACACGUUGACGUAUGACAUGCUGACGAGAUCAGACGCCUGCGCGGGUCGUCUCUGAAAAAGGAAACAGUACAUAAUAAACCAAGGUUGUACCACACUGUCUGUGAUGUGUUGCACGUGUAGUGAAGUAGUAGUGAACUCUAACUGGAGUUACAUGUCGCUUAUGGUAGACAUUUGGAUUUGUGGUUGUACAGUAAGCUGUCUCCCGCUUAGCACCUUUCUGGGCUUCUCACAACCGCGGCCUGACGUCAGUGACCAGGCUUUAGCCGCUCAGUAACAGCUCCUCCUGCUCCUCCUCCUGCGCUAUUAGGGGGCUUUAGCUAAUGUAAACAUCGGGGGAUUUAGAAGAGGAUCCACUCAUCAGUUAGCCCGUGGUCCAACAAUCUUACUGUACUUUAACCAGCAUGCACGCUGCAGAUCCUGGUUAGCUGGGGCAGCUGUUUCAGUUUGGGAAACCAAUGUAAUGUGUUUUUUUUUUUUUUUUUUUUUUUUUUUUUAAGUUUGUGUCUGUUGCAAUUUAAAUAAAAUGUUUUAUACUGUUUCUUAAGAUGGAAAGUUAAUGCUGAGAAAAAAAUGUUUUCGCCGUGAGAUGAAACAACCUGUUCAUACAUAGUAUAAUCAUUGGGAGUAACUUAACACAGAGUCUGCCAUCGUCUUUGGUUGUCUCCCGCUCUGUCUCCAACAACACAGGUCAACCAGUGGGAGGCCACACGCUCUUCAAUGGAGCUUUAAUCCAUGACACAGUCAACGACUCAUGUCUAAUCCACUAAAGGACCAGGGCGAGCAGCUCCAGCUCCUCUGAAGGACAAACCUCGCCCUUAGUGCACACCG